AUGGGUAUCAACAAUCCAAUUCCAAGGAGUUUAAGUAGUGAAACAAAAAAGGCAGCUAAGAUUUUAGCAAGCUUCAUCAAGCCAAACCAAGUGUUUGGUGCAGAUCAAGUCAUUCCACCAGAUGUUCUUAAAAGAGCCAAGGGUCUAGCAGUUAUCACUGUGAUUAAAGCAGGGUUUUUAUUCUCAGGCAGAGCAGGGUCCGGUGUCAUUGUUGCCAGAUUGAAUGACGGAACAUGGUCGGCUCCAUCUGCUAUCGCCAUGGCCGGUGCAGGUGCAGGUGGUAUGGUUGGUGUUGAACUGACCGAUUUCGUAUUUAUUUUAAACUCGCCUGAAGCAGUUAGAUCAUUUUCAGAAUUCGGUACUAUCACUUUUGGUGGGAACGUUUCUGUUUCUGCAGGCCCAUUAGGUAGAAAUGCUGAAGCAGCUGCAUCUGCUUCAACAGGUGGUGUUGCCGCUGUAUUUGCCUAUUCUAAGAGUAAAGGUUUAUAUGCAGGUGUUUCCGUGGAAGGGUCCGCUAUAGUUGAAAGAAGAGAAGCAAAUAGAAAAUUCUAUGGGGAUAACUGUACAAGUAAGAUGAUUUUAUCAGGAAGAGUAAGACCACCACCUGCUGUUGAUCCAUUAUUCCGUGUCUUAGAAUCAAGAGCAUUUAACUAUAGGGUUGAUUCAUCUCGUGAUGGUGACUAUGACGAUGACGAUAGCGCAUUUUAUGAUGACAUUCCAGAUUCAUUCGGUUCCACCGAUCAAGAUUCAACAAGGCCAAAUACAAGAUCUACCAGAAGAAAUAGAAGUGGAUCUCGUAAUUCAUUUAGAGACUCAGAUGACUAUGAUGAUUACGGUGGACGUGGAGGUCGUACUCGUAGAUCAAAUUACGGCGACGAUGAGGACUACGACGAUCCAUCAGGAGCAAGAGGAUAUUAUGCAAGUCAUAGAAGAUCAGGUCCGCCACGUAAUGCGGAACCUUCCUCUAAAUCACGUUGGGAGGAUGAUGUAUACGAUCGUGGUAACCGUGAUAGUUAUGGAGAUCGUGACAGAGAUGUAGAUGAUUUGUCGAACAGAUUUUCCAAAUCAAGAAUCUCAUCUGGAUCAGCAGGUAACAGAGAUCGUUAUUCUAGGCCAAAAUCAGAUCUACAAGCUGCACCAUCGUCCACUGCACCAAAGGCUGUCGCAUUGUACUCAUUUUCUGGAGAAGAAAGUGGUGAUUUACCAUUUAGAAAGGGGGAUGUAAUCACUAUCUUGAAGAAAUCAGAAUCACAAAAUGAUUGGUGGACUGGUAGAGUCAAUGGUAGAGAAGGUAUCUUCCCUGCAAACUAUGUUGAGCUUGUUUAA